UUACUGGAAAACAAAGAUGCUGGUGAUCUUUGCCAUCAUCUACCCUAGGCAAUUGUGGUGGGGUGUGUGUUUGUGUGUCUGCAAGGGUGGCAGAGAGAUGGUACGCUUAUAGCUGGUGAGAGAAAUCUGAGGUUGACUUAAGAGGCAAAAGAAUGUAAACACUGAACAUGAGGGGAAAAAACGAGCAGCAAAACUCACAUUCUGAGAAUUUUGGUCCUAAGUGGACCAUUUGUUUAUCUCACCAGCCAAACCUGGCUCUGCCACAAAGCAAGCCAAAGAAUGUCUCCUUUAUUGUUUCCAUGAUGCUUACUCAUCUACAAGCCGUUCCCCUUUUAGAUUAUUCUAUUUUUAAGGCAUAAUUCCCAUCUGUUCUUUGAUCUUAUACCACAUAAGACAUUUAGCUAAUAACAUCAUCCAUCAAAUACCAACUUUCCGUUAGAGUUCAAACACAAUCGACACAGGACCCUGUCCAUCUGCUGGCCAGUGCCUCUGAACAAAUCCAGCUUGUGAAUGGCCAGCUAUGUCACCUAUUUUUUAAUUAACUGGCUAAGGUCUGUGCUUCCCCUAACGCUGCAGGGUGGUUAGCAGGACGUUCAGAGGGAAGUGAAAAUUCUACUCCAGUGAAGAGGAGAGAAGCCUUGGUGCAUUCAGAGCCGCAAUGUUCUUGUUGCAAAUGGGAUUUUCCAGUGGAUGGAGUCUGCCUUCAGCACCUCAAGGAAUUUUUCCAUAUACAAUUUAAUAUUUAUAUGAAAGUUUUGAAGGAUAACUGUUUUCAAACUUGGCAUUCUUCAGAGGAAAGUGGGUGAAGUAGUAAGAUAAUGUUUGUUUGAAAUUCUAAAUAGGUCUGCUUGGUAAUCAAACUUCUGAGUUUAUUUGAGAGGAAUUUCAGGGCAGGUUAUCUGAAGCAUCAGAAUUGCAGAUUUGCAGACAACUAUCUAUACAGAAAAUGCUUGUCUGCUUACCCAACUGGAGAGCUAGGGAAUGUCAGAUGAUUUAGGUGACCAAUUGUAGUGAAGCAGCACAGCUUGAAUUAAAGAUAUCUGAGAUCAAUCACAGUUAAAAAAAUAAAGAUAAAAAUGGGAAAACCUGUUAUAAAAGAGGAGAUUAAUGAGCAAUCCAGGGAAAAAGUAGUUUUUCUAUGGAUAGUUUCCAAGUGCAGACAUAAUUUUUAAAAAAACUUUUACUUUCAGAUUCUUCACUUAGCACUGUUACCUUGCUUCUCAGUGAUUUGCUUAGUCUUGCAAACAGUGCAUUUGUUUGGGAAGGAAUUUUGUUCAAGAUUUCUAUUUGACUGGCUUACACACACCACAGCGUAUGUGUCUCCAGAUCUGAAACAAUAAUAACAACAAAAAAGCGCCUACGUUUCCUUCUAUCUCCUGACUUGCCAAUAAUAAUAAGUCCCAGCAGAGGGGAGCUUGGCUGGUGGUGUUUUGUGAUUUCUCAGAUAACAAGAGCUUCACAUUUCUGUGGAAUUCCCAUUUGCCAGCGAGCUGCUGCUGCCGCUGCCCUGAUUGAUAUAUGACUGCAAUGGCACUUUUCCAUUUGACAUUCCCUCUCUCUCUCUCCCUGUCUUAAACAACAGCCCUAACUUUUGUGUGUUGCAAAUAUAAAAGGCAAGCCAUGUGACAGAGGGACAGAAGAACAAAAGCAUUUGGAAGUAACAAGACCUCUUUUUUAGCUCUCUGAAGGCUUUGAGGGGAGGAAGGAGCAGUGCAUUUUCCAGAGCAGGUAGCCAAACCCAUCAGCGCGACACGUAAUGCAGAGUGGCUCUGCAGCCGGUAGCUGACACGGGAGGAUGCUGCAGGACCCCAUACUGCCUGCUGAAGGAGAGAGGGAGGCUGCCCUUCUGUGCUGGCAGAUCAUUUUGCUGUGUAUGAGCGUCAGAGGCACAAGCAUCUGUGCCUUUGGGACAAAAGAAGAGUUUCACAGCUAUGAGGCGUGGGAACGGACGCUGCCCCGAGAGAGCCCAGAUGAAGAAGGAAGCCUCGUAUCCCUGAUAGGAUUCAGUGGUGCUCACUUUUGUUUGGGUUCUGGGACCUUAGUCAUAUCCGUGAGCAGUUGUACACAUGAAUAAUUCCCUCAACAUUAAUAGAACUAUUUGCUACACAGGAGAUUCUUUGACGGAUUACAAUCCCAGCAAACUCUAACUUGAGAAGAAGAAUGCCAGCUAAGAGACUUAAACCAGGCUUUUCACCAUCCUGGAAAGGAACAGACUGCCAGUAUUUGGAAUUUUUUUAAUACUCUACCUCCCUCUGGUGUUAUCAGAGAGAAGUUCCUUGACAAUGGGAAAUCAUGUACUUGCAGCUUCGAUUUCCAUGCUCUCGCUCCUGGCGAUGAUGGGAGACACAGACAGUAAAACAGACAGUUCCUUCAUGAUUGAUUCCGACCCCAGCCGCUGUAUGAGGCAUCACUAUGUCGACUCCAUCAGCCACCCCCUGUACAAGUGUAGCUCGAAGAUGGUGCUGCUGGCUCGCUGUGAAGGGCGCUGCAGCCAGACAUCACGCUCGGAGCCUAUGGUUUCUUUCAGCACCGUCCUGAAGCAGCCUUUCCGCUCCACCUGCCACUGCUGCCGGCCCCAGACCUCCAAGCUGAAGGCCAUGCGGUUGCGAUGCUCUGGGGGCAUGCGGCUCACUGCCACAUACCGCUACAUCCUCUCCUGCCAUUGUGAGGAGUGCAACUCCUAGGGACGUACCUGCCACAGCAGUGGGGGAAUCGGGAUGCUGCUCUUGGGGAAGUCUCCCAAGAGGUAACUCAAGGUGAGGCUGACGCUUCCAGUGUACGAUUGCAGCGAGGACAGGACUAACCAGGUUGGAUUGGAUCUGAGAGCUGUAUAUCCUGGGGCUCUGGAUGGUGCCAGUACUGAAGUGUGGGCUGUGACAAAGGUGAAAACAUGAGGACUUGUUUAAAGAAGCCUUUUUUUUUUUUUUUUUUUUUUUUUGUGAGUUUCUUCUUUUUCAGGUUCAGCUCUGACUACAGAGAGGUGUUUUUACUUUAGGCCAAUGGCAGCAAGGGGAAAGAGUGGGAGGUCAGCCGAAUGACAGCACUGCACUCUGGAAGUUGGCAUUCAGACAGAGGUUGGGCAUCAGUUCCCACCUACAAACUCUGAAACUAUCAAUUUAUUCUUAGUCUCCUAAUUAUACUGGCCUUCAAAACAAACUUUCUUGUUGGCAAGGGUUAUCUGUUACAGAUCUAGCAGCCAAGUGCUGGAUAACUUUAACUGUACUUUAACAGAAAUUACAAAUAAAUCAUUGAAAAGUGAACUGGAUAUGAAAUGUAGCGCUGGGGACUACCCAGCCCUAGCCAGCUAAAGUGAUUAUUCACAAUGUACAGCAUCAGAGUUCAGUGGCUCAGUGACUCUUGAGAAGUUAAAAGUCAUGAGACUCAUAGUUCCCCUCUAAAAGCUUGGAAACGUGACAUCAUUGAAAUGCUAAAAACUAAUCAAAGAUUAAAAUGACUUGUACUAAAUGGAGUCUUUUCUUAAUUUGGGUAGACCUGUUGGUGUACAGAGCUAGAGGCACCAAAUAAUGACCAAACCUAGGACUUACUUUCUUCUAUAACUCUUAAACCAUUGAGUGAGUGCCAUUUUGCUUUUUAAAGACAGGAAAUCCCAAACACAAGGAAAUCACACUGACACGCCCAUAGGAAGUUUAAGGCAGAGUCUGAGUCCCAGCAUUGUCUACUGGAUCACAAAGGCUGUGUUUCAAUUUACCUAAUGAUCUGCUACCUGGGGAUAGAUCUGGCGUCCUCGUAGACUCUCCAUCCAGCUUGGCAUCUGCUUGGGGAACGUGCAGCUCUCGGCUGGGUCAUAUAUCCACACAUCCUUUUUGUGCACACAAGGAUUUAGGAGGCGAUGGCAGAGUUAGCAUGAACUAGCCCAGAUCUCAUUUGAAGGUGAAGCUAUCCCAUAGCCAGGGUCUCAGAGGUCCUGCAGAGAAGGGGUAUCCAGCACCUCUCUGUAAGAAGCAAGUGAGGCCAUAGGCUGCUUUCCCCUGUAGGAUCAUUGCAGAAAGAAAUGCCCUGAGGAGCUGAAUGAAUUGCAGUGGUAGAUAGAGUGAGUCUCUAGAAUAACAAAGGAUCUCAAGUUUUGGAAUAAUAUUUGUAGAUAUAUUCUGUCCCUCCUCCAUUAACAUGACUUUUUAGGAAGGUUCAGUCAUAGUCUCUUGUGACUGCAAGGAAACAACAUAAUGUAUUACUGUUCUUAUCUUCUUAAAUGGCAAUAUAUCCAGUCAGUCAGCAAUAUGUCUGUGGUGUUCAUAUAAACUCAUGUGAGAUAUUUUUUGAUAGAAGUCAUGGAAGUGUCAGGAACAUCUUUGCCGUGUAAGGAUUCAGAGUCAGGGCAGUUUCUACCCCACACUAGUCCCUGUGUGUGAUGUCCCAUGGUUGUUGUCUGAGACAGGGCAGAGCAGCUCCCCUGGACAUCAGUGUCUGGUAGAGCCUAGUGGUAUAGAGGGGAAUCCCUACCCAAGCCCAGUGUUCCGUCCUUCUGUGCAGUGUCAUUCAGUCUGUCUGCUUCAAAUGCCAUAUGCAGCAGCUCAAGGAUGCAUACUAAUAUUGUAGGGGAUCCUUGAGGUCAACUAAGAAGGACAGUCAUCCUGUGGUCUGCACAGGAGUUAUUGUGGCUGCUCAAAGCCAGAUUCCUGUGCCGCUGUCUCCUCAUGGCAAAUAUGAAUGGGAUCUGAAGUCAGCCAGGUGACAGGUACUGGCCUUGCAAGCCAUAUCUUAGAGCUGGAUCGAUGUCAGUCAGAAGUGGAAAAUAACAGCAGGCUAGCACACUCACAGACACCAUUUAGAGAGGUUUGUGGUACAUGGGAAGGACUGCCACUGACUUGGAGAUGGCCAGCUUUCAACAACAUACAACUGUGGGCAAAUAAAAGGGUCAAUUAAACUGUUAGAAGCUGAUGGGCUCAGAUUAAAAUGUCAAAACUGAGAGUGAUGGGCCCCAGUGAGCUCAUUAGACACCACUCAUUGUUUCAAUGCUGUCAGUCAUUCUUUCCACAUUUGAUGCAUGGGCUGAACAUCAAAGAGUGAACGAAGGGAGUGUGAGCCGGGUAUUAUCACCAAGGUACUUUAUACGAAAGAUCAUACGCAUGUCCCCUUUCUAAUCUCUUUCAACCUCUAGCAUCUAAAAAUCCCAUUAUCCAAAAAAGUGCCACCCAUUACUGUUAGUUAUAUAUAGAAAAUUCCAGUCUUCAUUGGAAACGUCAGCAAUACUUCAAUAACCAAACAACUACACUGCAAAAUAUGCAUGACCUCUAAGUGUGGGUAUAGUGACGGCUGCACGCAAGCAAUGCUAUGCAGUUAUCUAAGGAAAGGGGAAUGUUUUAAGGGUAAUUGCUAUAUCCAGCACCACCCCUGGUCCUGGGUCAUGCUGCUGCUGGCCUUCUCUGCUGGUGCAAAAUAGGAUGCCAGGGGCCCAUGAAACAAAAUUUAGGUGAUGAUUUGAGGUUCUCCUACAUGGCUGCAGGAUGUGACAGAGCAGCAGGGGCCCAAUUGUGGUCUUCUGGUGAGCAGAGACUAUGCCUGAGCCAAUUUAGAAAGAAAAAGAAUGUUUAUAGUGAGAGAAGAUCUUGGCUAAGUGUUUAUUCCCACAUCCUCUCGCUAUCACAGUGCCAGAGCUAUAAUUGCUCAAACUGGUCUCUCAGAAGAUAUUUGUGUUUCAACAAAAGAUUUUUUUUUAACUUCUCACACCACACAUUCCUUCCACUUUUACUUGGUUUCUCUAAUGAAAUCAUCACCUUGUGACCACAAAGGUUGUUGCCAGGUAUAAACACUGAGGUAAAUUCAACAUUAUCUAAUCUAUAUGUUGAGUUGAAUAAAUGCACGGAAGUAAUAUAAACAGAAAUUAUGAAUGACAAGACAAAACAUACUUGUAAAGAGGUAGAACUGGAUAUUAAACAAUAAAUCAAAGUUUUAAAUUCUCCUCUUGUCUUUGUCAGGCAAUCUUUGUAUUAAUAUUUAAGAAAAAGUGGAAAUAUUCUUCAAAACCAAAUGCCCCGAAGUCAGUUAUAAAUCCAUAUUUUAAUACUUUUUUAUCAGUAUUUUAGGCAACUAAUGACUUGUGUGUGUGAAUGACACACACAAGUGAUACCCAUGUUAAAAUCCAGGAGGCAUAUUGAAGCAAAAGUAAAUGAAGCUUCAGGUAAAAACUACAGGCUAUGGCUUGUGGUCAGGAAGAGUCUAAAUGAGGCUUGGAGAUGAAACAGCUUCCUGAUUUCUUAGUUUGCCACCACUCUGGAUGCUUAAGCUCUGUUUCUCAGGUCACUGUUUAAGUGCUACUUAAACUGAACAACAAGGGCAAUGUCUGCUUUUCCAGAUAAUUUUAUGGGGCUUUUUUUUUACUAAAGCAUCCUCUCACUGGGACUCAAAUGAGAAGGUCUUGUCCUUUUUUUCUCUUGUAGCACCUCACCCUUCAGACACCAUUUUCCCUUACAGACGGGCUGUUUCGGCUGUAACUAUACUGUGGUUACACAAGAUAAGAUGUGAUACAGACUUUUGAUUGUCACCACCCUAUGCCCUCUUUACUUUUUACACAAUUUCUGAGCUGGGUCUAGCUCUGCCUCCAAAAUGACUGAUACUCGAGAAAAAAAUUGGAAAACCAUUUCCCCUGGAAGCAUCAAUCCCCAACUCAUAACAAAUGGGGGUCAAAUCCGCUGUUCGAGUGGAGGAAGGCCUGGAAUCAGUCUCCACUGUGUCUGGUGAACACGCUGCUAUGCAGGAGCUGUGCAAAGGGGAGGUAGUGCAACAACCAAAGUGGCUGUCGCUAAGCGCAAUGCAAUCUGAAUGAGCUAAGCGUGCUCUGAGCAUUGGCAGAAAAAUUAGGCUGCUCUUUGGACUUGAGUUUUCUGUAUGCCAAAAAAAUAUUUACACAGAUGCAAGUUCCCAGGUAGUUCUUGUAAGAAAGGCAGAGAGAAUCUCCAAUAGUCACAUUGUCUUCCAUCUAAAACCCUGAGGGUGAAAACGUCCCAGGCAGGUGUUUGAGUGUAUCAGAAAUUAGAUUUGCAGAAUUCACACAAACAAUACUGAAAAGACAUUGAAAAUAUUUCAAGUAUUGAAAUGACAUGCUGACUGCCCGGUUUGGUCUUUGACAAUGAAAUAAACAUGCUUUUGCAGAAGUCGGAAUGGUAAUCAGCCCCUUAUCUUUAUUAAGGAGCAGUUUUUGUUACUAUUAGAGGUAGGACCUUUUGUACUUUUUGCUAUGUUCCCUGUGCAUAUGUGUAUGUACAUAUAUGCAAAAAACACGUCUCUGCUUCACAGACAUCUCUCUUCAGCCUCACAGCCUUCUACUGCUUCCUGAGGCCCUGGUAACUGGAGAGGAGCAAAGACUUCUCCUAGACCCCUUCCACUGCUCUUGGAAAGCACCACCUGUUGCAAGACGGGCAAAAUUUAGAGGUGGCCUGAAUCUCUCAUCAUUCUCCUGAAGUAAGACAUCACAGUAAGAGCACAAAUCCACAUAAGACCUUCAGCUGACUGUUCAAAUACAGCCCUCUGUGGUCACAUCAGUAGUUACUUGCUGGAGCCAAAUAAAUAUCCUAGCCAUGAUCUUCUGCUACUCUUCAUAUAAAAGAGAUCAAGAUGAUCCCAUAUGAAGCUACAUGUUUAUAUUUAGUAUUUUAAUACGUAAUUUUAUGAGUCUUUUAUUUUUUAAAUUGCAGACUCUCCCAAUUCUUGUUUCCAUCCAUUUAGGGUUUCAACAAAGAGAAUUAUUGGCAUUUUAACAACAUUGUUUUAUCGUGUUUUGAAACUGUGCCAUUCCUCAUCUCUGGAAUUACAUUUAAAAGUGUAGUCCUUUUCUACAGACUGUGACUAUGGGAAAAUACAUCAGAGAACGAAAUGCAGCAGAGGAUGCUUAGGGGAAUUAAAACACCUUAUUCUACUCUUUGAUGAAAGGAUAGGAGGGAAUUUUCUUUAACUAAAGGGAUCCCAUGAUUAAUACUUAAUUGAAUUAAAUGAACUCUGAGUGGGACUUUUCAAGAGCCUCACCGCUGACUUAACUCCAUUUUUAUACAUACCAAAGGAGAGCAAUCAGUAACUUCAGUGAGAACAGGCACUGGCCAGCACUGUAAAGUCUCCUGCCUGAGGGAAAUUGAAGAGGCAAGGAGGAAAGAGAGGAGGAAGGAUCCAGUUCUGCAAUGCACCUGCUCAGGAUAUUGGCAGUCCUCAGGUUCAGAUGUUCACAAGUCAGCUGCUGUUAACUGGGGAAAAUUCAGAGUUAUGCUUAUUUAAGUUUUAUUCAUCCCUUUCGCCUGCCCUGCUUCUCCUCCUCCUGCACCUCUAACACAUGGAAACAAUCAUGCUGUUGGGAUUCCACCGCUAAUGUCAGACUCAUCACCACACUGUUACGAACAGAGCUUGUCCCCACACUUCCAGUAAACGUGAAUGGGGUGCUGGGAGAAGAAACCUGUGACCUGCUGCCGCAAGACUGUGCAGGCUUAAACCCAAUUCUAAUUUUAUGUGAGCUAGAUGUAGUCAAACAUUAUCACUCCAGGGACUAGAGUUACUACUGCCUUGCAUAUUUAAUUCUCUUUGAUGUGCAACAGGGUCCCAACACUGGGGGAAGCCAUCUCUGUGCUUCCUAAUUUCUCCCCUGUGGUUUCUUUGUUUACAUUUGCUGCUGCCUUUAAAGCCUUGAGCAAUGAGGAGCCCGUAGUCCACCUCCCUUCCUCCACACUCCAACUUGGAAAUAGCCUCAUGAGGAAAACACAUGCAACCUCCUCCUCUGUACUGAAGACUUCUUUCCUCUUUUCUAUCUCGUUUCAAAGAUUGAAUGAUGUGCUAAUUCUUUCUUUCCAUCUGCAGGCACCAUAGAGUCCAGAACAUUUGGCCUAUCUAUUUUGUGGCCUGGUGUUGGAAACUCAGUAAUGACUAUGUUGUGGUUAUUUUCCUGAAAAUGUAACAAUAGAUACAGGUGCAGGUCUGUGUAUGUGCAUAGACACACACAUAUGUGCGUGCACACACACACACAGAGGGGUGAAGCUGUGUUUACUUUGGGAGGGGAGAAGCCAUAGCUUAUAGCCUUGACAACCACAGUUUUGUGGGAAAUGAUUUAUAUUGCAAUCUUUCAUUAAGAUAUGAGAGAAAGAUACUGAGACAUGCUCAAAUCUGCUCUUAUAUAUUCAUAAAUGUAUUUCUAUGCAUUUAGACCUCAAUACUGCCAUUGCUAUCACACAAAACAACUGCACAAAUGGCCUUGAAUGCAAUAAAAUAAAAGGUGAUGAAUACAAAAUGAUGCCAGGUCAGCAGCACACUUGUCUGCAAAGAGUAUUUACUGACUGCUCGUGCGUUUUGCUGAGUAACCUCUUUUUCCCAGGAGGUGGAGCAGACCGUGCUCCCUCUUCUCUUCCUGGGAGAGAGCUGCGGCUGGGGCUGAGCCUUUAGGUGGAGCUCCCGUACAGCGCUUCAGCUCCUGCUGGGCACAGCUGACCUGGCCCAGCCCUGCAAGGGGAGAGUCAGGAAAGCACAACUGGUUCUCUGAUUUCCACAGCUCAGAUUAGUAGCCAGGUUCAUUAGAAGCUUAGUUUGUAUCAGAAAUAGUGUGUCACCAUUCCUGGAGGUAUUUAAAAGAUGUGUAGAUGUGGCGCUUGAUGGUUUAGUGGUGAACUUGGCAGUGUUAGAUUUGAAUGUUGUACUUGGUGAUCUUAAAGGUAUUUUCCAACCUAAAUGAUUGUAUGAUUCUAAGCUGAAAAAUGUUUUCUUUCAAAAGUUGUUUAAACAUGCCUUUUUCUCCUGUGUCCGUGGUGUUGACUGUUGCACCUGGGACAUAAAGCUGCCAGUGGAUCCAGCUUGGCUAGGCUACGUUACCAGGGCUGAAGUUGUUUGCAUAUGGCUACUACUCCCAGGAUGAGUAUGGUAUCGGAGGGUCUUUGUGUAGGGUCACACAGCCAAGGAAUCUCCCUUCAGGUCUACCUUGCUUCCCAGUCUAAAAGAAUCCCAUGGACCUUCAGCUCCAGAAUGAGAUAUAGCAUGGCCCACGAGCACAGGACAAUGGAUGCAUCUGGCACAUCUUGCUGCAUGACUGCAGAAGGCUGUGUUGGGUUGUGGAAUGGGGAGAGUAGUACAAAGGCUGUGUGAUUGGGAGCGGGACUAUUGCACAAGCAAAGCACAGGGGAAAGUGUGAAGAAGGGGGUUUAUAUGCUAAGUUUUGUGCUCAGCAAGGCAAAUUUGGCAAGUUUCUAUCAACUGCAGUGUGUGGUUCCUAGCUCUCCCAUCCCUUCUGUGAGAUCUGGCAGGCUGUUAAGUUGGCAGAAAUAAGUGGAAGAAAGCUUUGUGUUAGCAGAAAACCCCAAAUCAGUGGCCUGUGAUUAAGUAUCAUGUGAGGGCUUGCAAUUUUGUCUAACAAAGCCAAGCUUGUAAAAACUCUAAAAGGGAUAUCAGGCAUCAGACGCAGGGCCUGUGUCACUUCAGGAGGAUGAAGAAUGUGAGUGUCCUUGAGAAUACCAGGAGAUACCUCUAGACAGCAGAAGAGGACAGGAAUGAUCCUUAAGCCUUCAAAACGUGAAAAGACAAACCCACCACAUUCUAUGAAGCAAGGCCAAGUGCAAGGACCUGCACCUGGUUCAGGGCAAUCUACAGUUUCAGUACAGGAUGGGGGGUGAUGUGAUUGAGGGCAGUUCUAUGGAGAAGGACUUGUGGGUGCUGAUUGAUAAGCUUGACAUGAGCUGGCAAUCUGUGCUUGCAGCCCAGAAGGCCAACUGCAUCCUGGGCUGCAUCAAAAGAAGCGUGACCAGCAGGUCGAGGGGGGUGAUUCUGGCCCUCUAUUCCUCUCUUGCGAGGCCCUGCCUGGAGUAUUUUGUCCAGUUCUGAAAUCCUCAACAUAAGAAGGUUAUGGAACUGUUGGAAUGGGUCCAGAGGAGGGCUACAACGAUGACCAGAGGUCUGGAGCACCUCUGCUAUGAGGACAGGCUGAGAGAGCUGGUGUUGUUCAGCCUGGAGAAGAGAAGGCUCCGAGAAGACCUUAUAGCGAUCUUCCAGUAACUGAAGGGGUUACAAGAAAGCUGAGGAGGGACUUUUUAUGAGGGCAUGCAGUUGUAGGAAUAGGAGGAACAGCUAUAAAUUGGAGAGGGGAAGAUUUAAUUAGAUAUAAGGAGGAAAUUCUUCACUAUGAGCAUGGUGAGGCACUGGAACAGGUUACCCAGGGAAGUUGUGGAUGCCCCAUACCUGCAAGUGUUCAAGGCCAGGUUGGAUGGGGCCUUUAAGCAGCCUGUUCUAGUGGGAGGUGUCUCUGCCCAUUGCAGGGGUGUUGGAAGAGAACGAUAUUUAGCGUCCCUUCCAACUCAAACCGUUCUAUGUUCCUAUGCAUCUAUGAAUAUUACACCAUACUCAUGCAAGAGUCUGACAUAAUCAUAAAUCUUGCCCACCAUAUUUUUACACUCCCAUGCUUCUUGGGAUGAGAAAGUGUCUGGGCAGCAAACCUUUACAAAAGCAACUUUACACUGAGGGUGUCCUGCUGCCAGCUGUGGGAUGGUAAGGAUCUUGCAUAGAUACCAAAGAGGGGUCAAGAGGUGCCAAAUGCCCUGUUGAAGUCCUGGCAGUGACCAGAAAGGUUAGAUAUAUAACAGUGGCACCUAGCUUGCUGCCCCAGGGCUGAACUAAAAAGUGAGCUUAGAGUGAGCCUGGGCUGUGGGAUCAGUAUGCCUCUCCAGUGCUGCAGCUGGAGUGGUAAUGUAUGUUAAGAACAGAGUUGCUCUAAUACUCUUGCUAUUUCAUGACAUUUCAUGAAAUACCAUGAUUGUGAGCUCUUGCUCCUUCUUGCAUUUAAAAUAAGUUGACGUGAGGUUUGGUCAGAGACCAAAGAAGGUUGAUAUUGCCAGUCUACACCAGUUUUGGCCAGGAGAGUCUUUCUUAUGUUAUCUGAGUUUAUGCAGCGGAGCCACUAAAGAGGAAGCAAAGUUCAGAUAUUCAGUUAGCAGCCAAGGCUUUUAAAGAGCAGAUAUUGUCAUCCACCUUCAGCUUCAUAGUUACAUGAUAUUUAAGUCUUUACAGCUGAGAAUCAGUGACAGGUAAAAGAGGAGAUGUAAAGUGAUGCCUCCAAGAAAGGACUGAAGGACUGUCUACAAUCAUGCUGCGGGCAAAAGAGAGUACAGAAGGGCAAGAGGCAGUUUGAAAAAGAAAAAAAAGGAAAAUAGAAGCUAAAUCUAAGCCAGACAGGCUUUAUAAUUCUGCAACCUGUGGAGUUACUCUUCUUUCUUACUUUAGUGUGUGCUUCUUUCAGUUGAAUUCAGACAAUCCCUGGUCUUUUUCUCUACUUGUGGAACAAUAAAACCCUGAUGGUUUUGAGUAUCUGUAAAAUAGCAAAUUGUUUGUUGAGCCGUUUUCCAGACAAAACUUCAACAGCUGAAACUACAGCUUUACCAAAAAAUCCUUCCCCAUUUUGUGGUCUCCCACACCAGUAUCUAGACCUCCCUGCCAUGUAUGCAAUAAGUUUUGAUAGGAAAUCAAGUUAUAAAGGAAACAAAUUUUAACAAUGUUGCUGAUGCAUGUUUCUCAUUCUGUUAUUUAUUUUCCUCCCCAGUACCUUGUUUUUUUUCCACAGGAUAAAGUUCAAUUACCAUAAAUGUAAGCAACAUUAGUAGUUUAAGAUAAUCUUGUAGGUCAGGAUUAGGAAGACACACUACCCCUUUCACAUGACAGAUCACACCUCACCUCACACAACUCACCUCACUAGACAUUAGCGUAUAUCUCUGGGUGAGCUGAGUAGCCUUCUAGACUGAACUGACUGUCCUGACUAGAUGCCCAUGAAUUAUAACAGGAGGUUAGACACCUAUUGCAUAGGUAGACGUGGCCUCUCCAGUCUUAAUCCACAAGCUGAAUCAACCUACUAUUUCUUUCCUCAAAAAAAAGAAGCAAUUCCAUUACUGUAAUUUAUUUAUUUGCUAUAAUUCAUAUCGCAGACAGAGUCACAGGUGCAGAUCAAUAUACUGUACACACACACACAAAAAAAAGGACUAUUUUAACCCAGGUAUAACUGCACAGCAGCUGUGGAGAUCAAUAGGAAUGACAGGGAUGCCCUUAACAUAGCGUAGUGAUAUCCUCACAAAUAAAAUAAGGAAACACAGUCUAGAUGGAGCUUCUGAGAGAUGAGUAGCAGCUACCCUCAGAGAGUAGCUACUAGUAAACACUAUCAAAAUGGGAGAUUACAUUAGUUGGGGCACUCCAUUUUUUCACCGAUGACUGAGUUGAUGGAAUAGGGAGGAUGCUUUUGGUAUUGGCAUGUGACAUUAAGCAAUAGGGACUAAAAAUACAAAUUAGUAUUCAAAGGAAUCCUGACAAAUUGCAGGUACUGCCUAAUGUAAACAGAUUGGAGACCUGAAUGAUGCAGAGGAUGGGAUAGAAUAAUCAGCCUUAGAAAUACAUACAUUCACCAGGAGAAGACAUAGUGAUUUAGGUGGGUCACAUCAGAGCAUAGGUCACUAAUAUCACGUUGUUCUGAGAAAGAUAAAUGCAAUACCAGGAGGCAUCAUGAGGUACCUGAAGCAAUCCUUCCACAUUAUUCAGCAUCAGUGAGGGUUCAGCUGGAACAGCGUGUUCAGUUUAGAGCUCAAGAAAGAUGUUCACUGACUAGAGAAAAUAUAGGAGAGAAAUUCAAAUAAUCAGAGGGCAUGAAAACUUAACCUAUAAGAAAGAAUCAAAAGAAGUGUCUUGUAUAACCUAUAGAAUAGAAGGCUGAGGAAAAAUCUGCUGAAAAUGUUAAAAUAUGCAAAGAGCAGCUGCAGGGAUCAGAUUCCUAAUAUCCAUAAUGAAGAAAAGCAUUCUUAAAGAGAAGAAGAAGAUAAUGAAGAACUACAAAAGACUACAGUAGGUGGCUGUUAAGAGAUAUCCUUAGGUGCCUUUAGGAACAGUUUAUAUAAAUGCUUAGGUAUAGUCAACCCUACCUGCAGACAGUGCAGUGAAUUAGAUGAUCUCCUCAGGUCUCCUUCUAUGCCCCUGGGUGUAGCAGUGUGUCAUAACAAUUUUGGCAUAAUAUCUUUCUCUUGGCUAAGUUCAUGAUGCAUGACCUUUGAGGACAGGGUUAAAAAAAAAAAAAUUGUGCUGCUAAACUAAGCAGAGGAGGCCAAGGCAUGCAUCCUCAUUGCAGGUACUGCCACAGAAAUAUUAUGUCAAAGUGAUUCUCUGCUCAGGAAGCAGAAAAGGAGAAUCAUUUGCAAGCUGCUCUUGAAACCGAGCUAAAAAGACAGCAGAGCUGCAACAUUCUGAGAAAGCAAAUAUACCGUGAAUUCAUUUCAAGUAAUAGGACAGCCUGCAGAAGGCUGGCAGCAUUUGGCUUGUGAAAGUGUAGGCUAAGGUAGCCUAUUUGUUCUGACUGUUGUUUGGAAAGAGGAAAUUCAGCUUUAGCUUGCAGCUGUGAGCAUGAGCUCUCAGUGCCUGUUGCAGAUGCCUGUAAAUCUGAGACAGAUUUAACCCAAUGUUCUGAACUCUCUGCAUGUGCUUUUACCCUCUUCCCCCCAACUUUUUCUCUCUAAGAAUGAUUUGAUUCCGUUGCUCCUGGUUUACAUUUUCUACUCCUGUUCCUGUUUAUACUCUGCACUUUCCAAAGACCUUAAAAUGCUUGUCAUGUAGCCAGGUGGCUUAGAAAUCUCUUGAGGUUUGGUCCUUGACACAGCCAGCAGCACUGCUAAUCCUUCCUUACUAUAAUGCUCCAGCAAUAAAUAGAUAUGCUACUGGUCUAAAGUACAGUGUCAAGGCCAUAAGAAAUAAGAUGUCUUUUUUUUGAAUAAAUGAACAGACUUAGGCUUUAGAGCUGUGAAGAUACAUAGGAAGGGGGAUGGCCAAAGGCAGGGAAAAUGGUGGUUCGAAGCCUCAUAAAGCAGCCCAAGAAAAAGUAUUUUGAGGUGAGAAGAUAGUGGUGGGACACAGACUAACUACAAUGCAAAAAAAAGAUGUAAAUGCUAGUUCCAUAAAAAACAGGCACACAACUACACUGACUGUCAGGGCACCCAUCUCCUGGGAGUUUCUGUUAAUUACUAAGGCCAAAAAUUAAGUGAAGAUGCACAAGGAACCUCAGCUUUUCCCUGAAUGAGUUUCGCUGUGUGUAUGCUUCUGCUAAAGCAUUAUAGCUCUAAGAUCCCACUUCAGGAGGCUCCUGGGCAGGUUCACUGACUUCUUGUAGCACAGUAUCACCUUUUACUAUCUUCAGUUUUCACGAGAACUGAUUAAAGUCAGUACUUACACUUUGAAAAAGAGCCAAUUAUCUUUCCUCCUUCUCUCACCCCACAUCCCAUCCCAUCCUAUCCCAUCCCACCCUUCAUCAACCCCAUCUGAAGUGGGUUAUGUUUGGUAUGUUUUAUCUGUGCUUCUGGAACAGCUGACUUUCAACUGAAGCAACACUGAAAUGCUCUCUCCUGAAUUUUAAGACAAGCUAGAGAGGAAAAAAAAAAAGCAAAGAAACCAACCACAAAACAAGACUUUCAGUUGCACCAAGAAGGAGCAAAGCCCAAUUCCUCAUCCUCUGGAUUCAGCAAAGUAGCUCAUGAUACAAUAUAAAGACGUGCGACACAAUGUGAGGUUUUUUUCUGGUUCUAUUGUUUGUGACAUUUCUGCACUGACAGACAGCAGCAAGAGCCUGCUGGACACCAGCUCCUCUGCUGCCUUUCAACAUCCACAGCAAUGACCAGCUCCAUGUUGCCUGAUGUUUAGGACCAUCCAACUGUAUCUUACAGGCUGAUUGGUGUGUGAGAGGCAGCAUGGAAAUAGGAUGAUUGUGGAGAGCUCUUCUCUUUUAUGUAUGAAGUGUAAAUCCUUCAGUCACAAAGAGAUUGCAGUUACAGAGUCUGCUGGGGAACAAAAACCCAUUAUGGCUCAUGAACGUGUAUGACCUGUGGACGGUGUUGGACCGUAAGUAUGAUCUGGAAGAUGACCAGUGUCAACAAGGAGAUAGGGUGACAUUAUCGUGGUUUAUUUGAGGAUUACUUAAUCUGUAAUCUAUCUUGAUAUCACUGAGGUUAUGAACCUUCUGGAGAAGUAUACACCAGCCAGUAGAAUGCUUUGCCUCUAUCUAAUUUAAUUGCAAUGGCCUUUUCAAAUGUCAGCUCUGAAAAAUUUUCUCCAUUGAAAUCUAAGUACAGGACAUGUUCAGGCUCUGAGUCUUCACAGGACUACAAUAAUAACCAGAGCAUAAUUUUCAAUUGUGUUCUGAGCUGUCGUUCUGAUUUUGUUGGAUUAUGAAUCAUCAUUGAGUAUCAGACAAAUCUACCAAAGCUAGACAUGUAGAUGAAAAACUAACCUUAUUGCUGAUAAAACUCGAGAUUUUCCAUUUUUCUGCUUUAUGCAUUCUUCUGUCACUUUCAUUAUAAAUAAAAAUGUCUUCUCAGUCUCCUGGCAGGCAACAUAUGUGCUUCUCCUCUCCUUCCCUCUCUCUCAGGGACAGAUACUUUGAUGGGAGCAUGAUUAGAUACUGGAAAAAGGAGAUGAAUCUUGCUAGAACAGAAUCAAUGUGAAGAGAAUGUAAUAAAAGACCACAUUGUUCACAUGAAAAAGAACAGUUACUUCAUAACAUAGCAGAGACAUAUCACCUUUUUGCUUGGUAGUUCAAAAGCAAAUAGUGACAAUACAGUUUGUCUUACAUUGAACACUGAACAAAAUGCUAACAAGAUGAAAUAGCUAUCGAAUAAUAAGGCCUGUGAUCAAAACUGUUAAUCUUAUGAUAUUCCUCUUCUGUAUUUAGUUCUGUUAAAAAUAUUUACAAAGAGUUCCUCUUGUGGAACACUAAUAAUGCUGAAAUACAACUAAAAUUGCUACCGCCUAUGACUAAUAUUAAUACAGGAUAGGAUGGGGCUAAUGCUAGCUGCAGCUCUCCUUUGAUAUAAAUGAUAUGAUGCCAC